CCAGAGACGAAAAAUUAUCCUCCAAAACUUCUAUUGUUAGUGCAACCUUCGACUUAAGUACAUGGCUUUCAAAGUCAACAUUGUAAGUGAGAUUCAGGUGCUUCGUAAGGCAUUUGGAGAUGGAGGAGAAGGAGCAGGGGUCUGAAGCUGAAGCCAUGAUGUGUCUUGAAACCUAAAGAAAACGCACUGAAUGAAAUUUUAUUGAAAACUACAAUCAACUCAGUGUGGCGACUUGUGUGCAUUGUGGGACUUGAAGUUAACUCCUGGCUUGAAAAUGCUAGGCUCUUCCCAAAUGUGUCAUGUAAAGAACUACAAUUACCAGAUGUAUCUCCCUACCAUCUGCAUCAUAGCAAGGCCUUCUCGCUAGAGGGCGCCGUGAUUGAAAUUGUUUUUCAGAACAUGACGAGGAAAUGGACCCUUGACUCGUGAUGGACCCAUUUGACAACUCUGAAUCUCAACAAACUGAGACGGAGAAUGCAGCAGAAAAUGCAGAUUCGCGUUUGCCAUGGGCCCGGUUUUCGUCGUGGCUGGAGUGUGUCUGCGUCGUUACCUUCGACCUCGAGCUCGGACAAGCCAUUGAGCUGGUGUAUCCACAGGACGUGAAACUAACCGAGAAGGAGAAAACCAGCAUUUGCUACCUAUCCUUCCCCGAUUCUUACUCAGGAUGCCUUGGAGACACCCAGUUCAGCUUCAGGCUACGUCAGUCCGUGGGUCGCAGCAGUUCCUGGUUUGGAGAGGAGGAUGCAUACAACAGGGAUGCACCUGUCACACUACAGAGAGAGCUGGCUCAUUUCUAUGGUUACGUGUACUUCAGACAAGUCAAGGACACGUCUGUCAAAAGAGGCUAUUUUCAGAAGUCACUUGUUCUAGUGUCCAGGCUACCAUAUGUCCACUUUUUCCAAAACCUACUGCAGAUCAUAGCACCAGAGUAUUUUGAGAAGUUGGAGCCCUGCCUUGAAGCUGUGUGUAAUGAGCUCGACCAAUGGCCUUCUCCAGUGCCGGGACUCACACUAAAUCUACCUGUGAUGGGUGUGGUUUUGCAGGUAAAAUACAUGGCCAUGCUUGAAUGUACUGUACAUUGGGUGUGUGCGUAUGUGACUAGGUUCAGUGUGACAUGUAUGAACUCCUUUCAGGUUAGGAUUCCCUCAAAGAAUGACAAGCAAGGAGGAAGCCCAGUAAAGCAGGCCUUGAAAGAGAAUCUCUUACCAGCCCCAAUGAUGCUGCCCACCAUACAUGAGCUGGAUCUGUUCAAGUGUUUCCAGUCAGUCCUUAUCCACCUGCAGAUGCUGUGGGAGCUCAUGCUGCUUGGGGAGCCCAUUGUUGUUAUGGCGCCAUCUCCCGCGGUCUCCUCGGAAACCGUGCUGGCUUUGGUGAGCUCGAUUUCUCCGCUGAGGUAUUGCUGUGACUUCCGGCCUUAUUUUACCAUUCAUGACAAUGAGUUUAAGGAGUAUACCACCAGGACACAAGCACCGCCUAAUGUGACCCUAGGUGUCACCAAUCCCUUCUUCAUUAAGACCUUCCAGUGCUGGCCCCAUAUUGUACGCAUUGGUGAACUCAAGAUGUCUGGUGACUUGCCUAAGCAGGUAAAGGCAAAGAAACUAGCUAAGCUGAAAACAUUGGACACUAAGCCAGGUAUUUACACAGCAUAUAAAACAUUCCUUCACAAAGACAAGUCCCUCCUCAAAAGACUCUUGAAGGGGAUCCAGAGGAAGAGGCCAUCAGAGGUUCAGAGCGCCAUCUUGAGGAGACAUCUGUUAGAACUCACUCAGAGCUUCAUCAUACCACUGGAGCGAUACCUGGCCAGCCUGAUGCCCCUGCACAGGUCUGUCUCCCCCUGGAAGACACCUCCUCAGAUCCGACCCUUUAGUCAGGAGGAGUUCAUUUCAACUCUUGACCACGCUGGACCCCAGCUCACCUCUGUGCUCAAAGGGGAUUGGAUGGGCCUGUACAGGAGAUUCUUUAGGUCACCCAACUUUGACGGCUGGUAUCGCCUUCGACACAGAGAGAUGACCCAGAAACUAGAGUGUAUCCAUCUGGAGGUCAUCUGCGAUGCUGACCUGCUGGGUUGGACUAAAGACAAGUCAGAAGUGGAGAUUGUGGAUCUGAUUCUGAAGCUGAGAGAGAAACUGUUGAAGGCUUCCAGGCAGCAGCUACCAGUGAAGGAGGGGGUCCUGGAGAAGCUGGAGGAGUACAUCCUGACUGUCAUCAGCUCUCUACCAGAGGAUCUGCAGACUGUAUUAUACAGGCACUGACACACACACACACACAUAUCCCCUUACUAUUAAUAAUGUUUAAUUUUUAUUUUCACAAAAUCUAUUGCCAUCUCCCAAACCAUUAUCCUAUAUUAGUAGGGUGGUUGGAAUUUAGAAUGUACUGUAACACAAAUCAGACUGAACUGGAUGUAUUUAACAUUCCAGCCACAUUAACUGAUACUGAUAACUGCUAGGGCAUUUUAGGCAAAUGUAAAUAUACACCUGUGGUCACUUGGCAUACGUCUACAGGAAUUGUUACUGUAAGCUUUUUUUAAACCAUUAUUUAUGCAUGUGCAGCCCUUUAUAUGGCAAAGUCAAAACCUGUGAAGAAGAUAGUAAACUCGUGUUUGGUCAUGGACCUACCUUAUCAUUAGAAACCUCAAUGGCAGAAAACCAUGUUCUUUACUUUCCACAGUGCUGCUAUAAGAAAGGUAGAACACUUUUGAUCUUUUACAGUUUUGUACUUAAAAAUGGCAAAUGUUGGUGAAGUAGUAUACACAGCACAGCCAAAUGAAUCCACAUAGAUUCUGCAAUACUGCAAUGUAAUGUGUGGAGUGCAAGAUGAAUUUGUCAAAAUAACUUGAAUGUAUGUUUAACAUUUAUCAAAAUGAAUUAGGUCACAAAAAACAUAAUCUCAGAAGUGAUCUGAUCUAUGGUCAGGUAAUUUAUAAACAUCCUUCUACAAAAUCUUGUUGAAUGCAGAGGCUGUUUUGUACUUGACAAGACUGAGCCAAAAUCACAGACAUUGUAUAGACAUUCAUCAAUCACUUUACAUUUUUCCAAGAUCACUUGUUACACUGCAGUGAAUGUAAACACAAUUGACCUCGUACACUUUACUUCCUUUGCUCAGUGUCUCCUUCUGUCUCUCAGAUGUAAAGUAUUAUUUAUUUGUUUUUCCAAUUGUUUACAAAGAUUUCAUAAA